UGCGAGUAGAGACAGUCACCACUAACGAGAAGCAGCAAACGGAGCUGGAAAGAAAGAGGCAGGCAGAGAAGAGAAGAGGGCCACUUGAGGCGACAUGUUGGCCGAAGGUUUCCUCAGAUUACUGUGCUACAGGGAGGAGAGAAGGUUCGCCGCCGCCUCCAAGCGAAAGGGAUGGCAGACAAGUGCCCAUUGUUCCGACGCGCUCGACUGUGUUCCCCCCGACUCCAGCUCUGCAAUCCAGCAGAUAAACUCAGCUGAAGCAGGAAACCAGGAAGUCCAGGAGCCCGGCCCAAUCCAAGGACUGAGGGUGGGCCCUCAGGCUGCAGGCCUCCUGAUCCCAGGCUGCUCACCUGAAACCGCCCAUCCUCCUGUUUGUAUUGAAGACUGCAGCCUCCUGGCACAGUACCCGGACCUGCAGGUGGCCGACUCGGGUCGCAUCUCGCAGAACCAGCUGAGAUCCACCGUCAGUCCGAGCGAUUUUCCCGUUCAGCCCCCUGCCUCCGGGUUGAGGUCUCUACCAGAAUCCCAGCACGGAGCGCCCGCCGACGCGGCCCUGUCCAUACCGGACCAGGGUUAUUUCGCCAUGGGAGGCAGCGCACACAUCAGCCUGGAUCUGCCCGGGUCGGGACUGGAGCCCAUGUCCAACUCGGUGCUGAACGGGAUACUGGAGAAGCAGCUGGAGGAGGUUUAUAUGCAGCAUCUGACUGACAACCUGGCCCGAUGUAACUCCCACCUGGAGCACAGCCUCCUGCGCGGCCUGGUGCCCCCACCGCAGCCGGGCUGCCACUCGCAGGGGCCUAACUCGCUCGAGGGCUGUUUGGUCGGAGAAACCGGGGGGGCUACCAGUGGUAAAAUCAGUUACUUGAGCACUCACAACUUAGCUCCCUGCUCUUCAAACUUCAGUUCCCCAAUCUUGAGGAUUUCAGAGUUCGAAGAUCCUCAUCCACAAGGAAACGGCUCUCCAAACAGGAUGGCUGCUCUGUGGACUCGUCUUCUGCUCCCCUCGCUUUUGGGAUGUUUGGCCCUCAACCCUCCCGAUGAGCGUCUCCAGCCCCUCAACCUGCCCCCCCCGCCAGGUGUAAACAGCAGCGACAGGGGCCCGUCUGUAGAUCUGCCCAUGGCUCUGAGGGUGUUCAGCGUGGACUACCAUCACGUGCAGGCUCCCUUUGAGAUCGUGUUGUGGAUCAUGCUGGCCUCCCUGGCCAAGCUGGGUUUCCACUGGUCAGGCCGAGUCCCGGCAGUCGUCCCAGAGAGCUGCGUCCUCAUCAUGGUGGGCCUCCUUGUUGGAGGGGUGAUCUACGGCGUCCGCCACUCCGCUCCCCCGACUCUGAGCGCCGAUGCUUUCUUCCUCUUUCUGCUUCCCCCCAUCGUCUUAGAUGCCGGGUACUUCCUGCCAGGGAGGCUGUUCUUUGAAAACCUCGGUACCAUCCUCUGGUAUGCUGUGCUGGGAACCUUAUGGAAUGUUCUGGGCAUCGGCUUCUCUUUGUACGGCGUGUGCCUGCUGGCUCCUGGCUCUUUGGGAGACGUGUCUCUGCUCCACUGCCUGCUGUUCGGCUCUCUGAUCGCCGCCGUCGACCCGGUGGCUGUGCUCUCCGUCUUCCAAGAGAUGCAUGUCAACGAGGAGCUGCACAUCCUGGUGUUCGGGGAGUCUCUGCUCAACGACGCCGUCACAGUGGUGCUCUACAAGCUGUUCGAGUCCUUUCUGCGCCUGCCGUCGGUGUCAGGGCUGGAUGUGAUUCUAGGAGGGUGCAGGGUGGUCGUGGUCGGCCUGGGAGGAUUGUUUGUUGGCCUCUUCUUUGGCUUGGUUGCCGCCCUGACCUCGAGAUUCACCUCGAAAGCCCAAGUCAUCGCCCCGCUCUUUGUGUUCCUCUAUUCCUACCUGUCGUACCUGACCUCAGAGAUGCUUCACCUCUCCGGCAUCAUGGCCAUUGUGACCUGCGCUGUGACCAUGAAGCAGUACGUGGAAGCGAACGUGUCAGAGCAGAGCAACACCAGCAUCCAGUACUUCCUGAAAAUGUGGAGCAGCGUUAGCGAAACCUUAAUCUUCAUCUUCCUGGGCGUGUCCACCAUCCAAGACAUCCAUAUGUGGAGCUGGCCCUUCGUCUGCUCCACCCUCCUGCUCUGCCUUGUCUGGAGGGGCUCAGGUGUCCUCCUGCUGACUGCCGUGGUGAACAAGCUCCGGAGGAACGCUGUUACCUUCAGGGACCAGUUUAUCAUCGCUUACGGUGGCCUGAGAGGAGCCAUCUGCUUCUCCCUGGUCUUUCUCAUCGACGACUUCCCAAAGAAAAGACUCUUUAUCACGACCACCAUUGUUGUCAUUCUCUUCACUGUGUUUGUACAGGGAAUGACCAUAAAGCCUCUGGCUGAGCUUUUGGAUGUGAAGAGGAAGAAGAGGGCUCUGCCUACUAUCAGUGAGGAGAUCCACAGCAGGCUCAUAGAUCACCUGCUGGCUGGAAUAGAAGAUGUGGUUGGCUACUGGGGGCAGCAUUACUGGAAAGACAAGUUUGAGCACUUCAACAUGAGGUACCUCCGCCGUUUUCUGAUCCGCGAGCAUCACCAAGCCCGCUCCAGCAUUCUCCGAGUCUACCAGGAGCUGGAGCGGAGGGCACAGAGGCGGGACGAGGAGGCACCUCCGAUAGUAGAUGCUCGUCCUCACAGUCGACCCCUCCUGCCAGAGGAGAUGGACAGCAUCAGACGGAUUCUUUCAAGAAAUCUCCAAACCAUUAACAACAAGACUCCGGCUUACAGCAGACACACCCUGCACCAGGUCAUCGCCAUGGAUCGGACAAGGGUGCGCUUCCACAGUCUGCAAAGUCCUGGAGACCGACACAAGUACAACACCAUUACGCACUGGCCCCAGGGGGAGGACGGAGAUCUCGGCGACUGUCACCGAGCAAGAAAAGGGCUCAGUCGAUCUCAUACAGUGUGCUCCACAAACCCCAGACAGGCGCUCCCUGAGUCUGAGGCCUCUGCAGCUUCGGUUCAGGCUCGUCCAGUGGAUCCUAAGCCCACUUUGCACCGCCAGGUUUCUCCACAGGACCAGGUAACGACAGAGAGAGCCCCAGUGAAGCAACUAAGCUUUAACCUGGAGAACGAGAAACAGCAAUGA